AUGGAAGUGGUUAAUUGCUGCAAAGCAUCCAGAGUUUCAACAGAAGUUGGAGAAGAUUUUAUUAGCAGGAUGCCAGAGGAUGUGAUCGCUAAUAUUAUGAAUUGUUUGCCGUUAAGAGACGCGGUGGGGACUAGUAUUUUGUCAACAAGCUGGAGGUCUAAGUGGACUCUUCUCACCCAACUCAUCUUUGAUCUAGAGUUCUUUAUAGCUAAAAGAAAAAGUCACUUUGAUAAAACUAAUAUAAGUAGACUUCUUCAUCAGCUUAAAGGUGCCAUUACAAAGUUUGUCCUCCAUAUAACUGAUUAUAUGGAAUUGGAUACUGAGGAUAUUCAUCAUUUGGUUAUGGUUCUUUCUAGAAUACGAGGAUUUAAAGAACUCACUUUGAUUAAUUGGCGUCAAACAUCCAUUAUGUUGCCUACCCAUCUUUUCUCUUAUCUUGAGUUGAAACAUUUGCACCUUAAUAGCUGUGAUUUGUCUCCUUCGCCUUAUUUUCGUGGUUUUCCAAAGCUAUUAAGCUUAACAUUGCAAAAUGUAAGAUUUCAAGACCAUAGAUGUGGGGAAUUUAUCCCUCAAAGUCCUAUGCUCGAGACUCUGAUUUUGGACAUCGUGAAUCGUGAACUUAGAGGGGAAGUGAAGUUGGUUGAGAUUGCAAAACUCGAAAAUCUCAACAAGUUGGGCUUGUCAUUGUGUUUGCUUGACAAUAUGACCAUGGUCAGACUUUCCACUGCCUUACAGCACCUCUCCCUUCUUCCAAAACUUCAGGAGCUUUAUUUAAAUUUUGGAAAGUUUGAGUUCUUGGCGGAAGAUGUUGCUCAAAAUCCAGUCUCCACCACCUUUCCCUUCCUCAAGACUCUUGAAUUAUUGACAAUGGAUUUUAGUAGUGUUUCCAUGUUAGCCUGUGUUUUUGGGAUGCUUUUUGGCUGCACAAAUUUGCAGACCCUUCAUAUCAAUGCUAGAUACAAGAAUGACGUCUCCCCGCCCGCCAUAUUUUCUCCAGAGGUAGACUGCAGCACAAUGGGGCAACUACAACUUCGGAAUGUGUAUUUAUCUAAUAUAAAAGGUUUGGAAAAUGAAGUAUGUUUGAUGAAGUGUAUGCUGGCUUGUUCCCCCAUGCUAAAGACAAUUGUUAUCAAGUCAUCUAUAAUGAGCAAAGAUGGCAAUGAAAAAUAUAAGCUUGCUAGCAAGUUGUUGAAGCUCCACCGAGCCUCCCCAAUGGCGGAGAUUAUAUUUAGUUAG